CACUCUCUCACGCUCCAGCAAAUCCUCGCUGCUUGACCUUACCAACCUGCCUACCGGGCUGCCUGCCUACCUCAAACCCUACCAAUCUGGUUCUCGUCCCAGCUUCCCUCAUCCUCAGUCUCAACCCACGUCGACGCCGACGCCUCGCUUCUCACUCCGCCCGUCCGUGUCUCGUCCUCGUCUCCCUCGUAUCUGGUCCGCUCAGUCGCCUUGCCGUUGCCGUUGCAGCCAUUGAAACACCCCGGCGUAUUAGCUGCCAUUAUUGGACCACCGGAACGCUAACUCACCUGCCCAAAUCUCCCACCCUUCUAUUCCACCACCGACCUUGCGAUCCCAUAGUAUCGCGCGCUUUCACUUCAAAGCCAUCCAAAAAGCCGAGCAGCCUAUGAACAACAAACAUCCGCCGUGUGCAGCCUGACGCUCCUUUGCCGUUGCUGCUGCUGUUGACUCCCCCCCCCAGUGAAGUUCCACCUGCCUUUCGCCAGCCGCAAACCCCGUUCCGCAAUAGCUCCGACCAAACCGGCCCAACAUCGCUCUCCGCCGUCAUUUCGCCAAGCAGUCCUAUCAUCGCUCGCACGCGCAUAGCUUCAGCUCUUACGUCCAGACAUUGCAGGCACUUCACGCGCCGCUGCGGCGCCCCUGCUGCUGAAGGCCCCGUCGAAACCGUCGCAGCAGCAGCAGCGACAUCCGCAUUUCCGUCCCGCCCCCGAAACUAGCACCGCGUACCUGUUUCGGUGCAGAACUCCGCAAAGAUGUGCAUGGGCGGCAAUGGAGAAGAUGAGGAGGCGAAGAAACGAAGUCAGGCAAUCGACCGCAAGAUCGAAGAAGACUCACGGCGUUUACGGAGAGAAUGCAAGAUCUUGUUGCUAGGUUCGGGUGAAAGCGGCAAGUCGACCAUCGUCAAGCAGAUGAAGAUUAUCCAUCAAAAUGGCUACUCUACAGAGGAGCUGGCCAUGUACCGGCAUACCAUCUUCAAGAACGUGAUAGAUUGUGCGAAGGCCCUCAUAGCCGCCAUGAGGCAAUUCGACAUCGAGCCGGAGCGAGACAUCAACAAAGAAUACUGCGAUUAUCUUAUGGACUUCUCCAUCGAUCCAGAUCCAGAUAAGCCUCUUGAUCAGAAGGUCGGACAGGCAGUGUCAUCCAUAUGGCACGAUCCAUGCAUACCUAAGGUCAUGGAACAUUCAAGCGAGUUCUACCUGAUGGACUCGGCGCCAUAUUUCUUUGACGAAGUCGGCAGAAUAACAGCUCCAGACUAUAUACCGCACGAAGCUGAUGUGCUACGAGCACGUACGAAGACGACGGGUAUCUACGAGACAAGGUUCACCAUGGGCCAAUUAAGCAUACACAUGUUUGACGUAGGCGGCCAGCGGAGCGAGAGAAAGAAGUGGAUCCACUGCUUCGAGAAUGUAACAUCGAUCAUUUUCUGCGUGGCGUUAAGCGAAUACGAUCAGGUCCUGCUCGAGGAGAGCAGCCAGAACCGCAUGAUGGAAAGCCUGGUCCUCUUUGACUCGGUCGUGAACUCGAGAUGGUUCAUGAGGACGUCGAUAAUUCUAUUUUUGAACAAGGUUGACUUGUUCAAGCAGAAGCUGGCAAGGUCCCCCCUCAGCAACUGGUUCCCAGACUAUUCGGGAGGGAAUGAUGUCAACAGAGCGGCAAAGUAUCUGCUCUGGCGCUUCAAUCAGGUUAACCGCGCGCACCUCAACUUAUACCCACACUUGACACAAGCUACAGACACCUCGAAUAUUCGAUUAGUUUUUGCCGCUGUGAAGGAGACCAUUUUACAGAAUGCCCUGAAAGAUUCGGGCAUUCUCUAAAAAUAAAAUCAAAGUAUUACCAGUGGAGCGUUCAAGGCCAGGGAGUUCUCCAUCUCCAUGAUCAAAAGGAACAAUGUCACAAUAGCAUCCGAACAAAGCUACACACAACAAUAUCAGAGCCGACCUCCCUAAGAAUUCAUAAAUCCAAUCCCGCAGAGCAAUCUGGUCAGACCUUUCGAAAGUUCCGCAAAAUGGCCCCCUUCUUUAUCGACGACCGAUUUUUAAGUCAUGAUCCAUCUAUUAUCACGGCGUUGGCGUUACAAUGUGUUGUAGGAGCUCAUGCGUUCUUGAUGGCAUGGUGACAGUGCCUCAUGAUAAUUCCCUUUUCUGAAGGAGCGCAUGCAGCGCUGUUCUGUAAAAGUUCGCUAUCCUCUUUGCUUGGUUGUUUGCCCUUGGUCCUUUUUUUGGGG